CAUGUUUUCUCUUUUUGUUGCUGACGGACUAUAGCUCGCUGUGCCUAGUUCGCCCUCUGACAGCAUUUCUCACGCCGUGAAAACGCUUGCAUGCUUGACUGAACAAACCUAUCGUUGUGAGACUCGUGGUCUGCGCUCAUUGAUGUGGCCGGUCGCCCAACCCAAUACUAGGAGUCUUUCUCGCGACCUUAAUUGACCUGGCCCUCGCCGACACAUUCACUAUUGUACGAUCUAUACAUGCAAAUAAUGAUAUAGGAAUUUCUUUCGAUACGCCAUAUAUCCUACACCAUGAGCACCAUCAUCUUCGCCAGACCACCGAUCCCCCGAUCGCUGCAACUCUCCCGCCCGCUCCGACCACGGAGAUAUCAAUCCUCCUCCCCAGCAUCCAAACCAGACCCCUCCCCAAAAGUCUCCUCCUCACCACCCAAUGCACAAACAGCCGCCUCAGCCUCGGGCGCCCCGGUCGUCCCGACGCCGACCGCCGCACAGACGGGCUCGCGAUCACUGCUUCAAAUCAUCCAGGCUGGCCCUGUGGGAAGAGUGGCGCGGGCAUACUCGCGGGUCCAGGAGCGCCGGCCGUAUGCGACGCAGCUUUGGAGCUCGGUCAUCGUCUAUCUCUGCGGCGAUCUGAGUGCACAACUACUGUUCCCCGCGGAUCCUGCCCCGGCGACGGCGACGGCACAGUCUUCGGAGGGAGAAAAGGCGGGUAGCGAAGAAAAGAAGGAAGAAAGGGCCGGUGGAGGAUACGAUCCGCUGAGAACGCUGCGGCAUCUGACGGUCGGGGUGGGAUCGAGCAUUCCGACUUUCAAAUGGUUCAUGUUCCUCCACAACAACUUCAACUACUCGUCCAAGUUUCUCUCGAUCCUGACCAAAGUCUGCGUGCAGCAGGCGGUUUUCACCCCGGUCUUCAAUACCUAUUUCUUCAGUCUCCAGUCGCUGUUGACGGGCAAGUCGUUGGAGGAGACCUUUGAACGGCUCAAGCUGGCUCUGCCAGUCAGUAUUUCAAACAGCGUGAAGCUGUGGCCGGCCGUCACGGCCUUCAGCUUCAUGUACGUGUCACCGCAGUUCCGCAGCAUCUUCUCGGGUGUCAUUGCGGUGGGAUGGCAGACGUAUCUGAGCUGGUUGAAUCAGAAGGCGGCGCGAGAGGUCGAGGCAGAGAUGGCCGAGGCAAGUGCGCCCGUGAGCAUUGGCGCUGGUGCGGCGACGAUCAAGGCAUGAUGGGGCCGUGAUUGGCCCACUA